GGCAUCUGGCGUAUUCCAGUGGAUGAGAUUGAUCGCGCCGGCAGUUUUGCAUCUCAUAUGAACCGAUCCAUCGUCCUCUUGCUGGAGGUGCUGUCUCAGCUGAAGGACCACGACACACUGAUCAAAGUCUCUUUUAUGCUCCAGAGAACCCCUGACCAGGGAAAGUAAGGAUCUCUCAUGACUCAACCAUGGUUCUCUCAGUUUUUCAUGGCAACCAUUUGUUCUAGUGUUUUUGUGUGAAUUUGUUCAACUCUUCUCUUUCCCUUCUCUCUCUCACUCUCAUGUCUUAAAGGAAGUAUUUUGCAGGAUGUGGAUUGUCAGGUUUUGGCCCAGAGAGCAUUUUUCCUAGUUGUAAAAGUUCUGGAGGACAAUCGGAACAAACUCACAAGGGUACGCAACCAAAGCACUCUACACACUUGGAGAGGAGCUGAAAGCAGCUCUGUAGUUUGUAGGAUUUAUAAUUUUGCCGAGCUCUUGCUUGUGUUGUGACAGGCUCUGUUCUUUCUCAGGUGUCGGAGCAGCCUUCCAAAGUGCCUGCGCCCUCCAUGGGGGAAAUGACGACCACGGACACGUCCAACAGGCCCAGUGCAGAGGACAGCAGUCAUGCACUGCAUAAGAAGCCUGAGCUCACUGAGGGUCCCCAGGUCACUGCCCCAGGCUCUGACUCUGUGUCCCGGGAAACCCCUCAGACACAGCCAGCCCUGCUGGCCACAGCCAGAGACAGGGGGGAGCAGCAGCAGAGAACUCCAUCUGGGAAGGUGGAGGCUGCUGUGGGCGAGGGGGCCAGAGCAGGGCCAGAGGAGCCCAUGGAGCUGGACGCUGGCCACUGGGGGCAUCCCUCCAAGACCACAGACUCUCAGGGCAGCCAACCAGACCCUGAGCCCCCCAGAACUGUCCUGGUGCCUGGGGAGAAAGUGGCUGAGAGCAGCCGGGCACCGGAGCUUUCUCUGGAGGACCUGAGCAUCAGCUCCAGACAGCAGCAGCUCCAGCAGCAGCUCCAGUGCCCGGUAGCUAAGGGCCCAGUGUUAGCCAGCGGAGCAGAGCAUGGACUAGCCCAGGGGGCGCUAUGCAGGCCCAGCAGGAAGAGGAAGCUCCUGGAUGACAUGGAGUCAGGCAAAACUCUUCUGCCGGAUACCUACCGGGUGUGGCAGCAGGGCCAGAAGGUCAUGACCUAUGACCUGGGGCGCAUUGAGAAGAUCAUGUCAGAGACGUACAUGCUCAUUAAGCAGGUAUGCUGUACUUUUAUGAGUUAUUGGUGCAAACUCCCCUGUUUACCUUCACGUUUACUGCCACAUUUCUCUCUCCCAUCAACAAUUUAUUUAUAACUGUGCCAUGUCAUGCACACGUAAUAUAUACUCACUGAAAAAGGAAAUGGGUUUUGGGAAAUCCCUCUUGAGAUUGAUUUAGCAAAGAGACCUGAAACACAGAGAGGGGACUUUCCCUGCUCACGCAACUGCUGUAAAAUACUGUUGUAAGGAACCAAAUAGCACACAAGCCUAAUCAUCUUCACAGUGCUACAGAUAUUAACACAAAUAGCACCAUUAAUAUUUACAACUCAUAAUCAUAAGUAUAAUCAUAAAAGGGCAGCAGGCAGCCUAGUGGUUAAGAGCAUUGGGCCAGUAACCAAAAGGUCGCUGGUUCGAAUCCCCGAGCCGACUAGGUGAAAAAAUCUGUCUGUGCCCUUGAGCAAGGCACUUAACCCUACUUGCUCCUGCUAAAUGACAAAACAUUUAAAAUAGGUAAUUAUAAGCUUAGGACUCAUCUCAUCAUAAAUGUAAUUGGUGUUUUCAUUACAUUUUGUAAAUCCUGACCUAGCCUACGGAGCUGUGAGGGGAACGGCACCUCCGUAAUAGAGAACUGUACAAAGUGUUUAUUAUUCUAAAUGUCAAUUAUUCUAAAUGUCUUAUUCUACAACAGUUAUGGAUUUGAUCAUUGCAAGAAAAAUAAUGUUUCAGAUGAAAGGUCUUAUUAUGUAUUACGUGGCCCGGUAAUGGCUUCAGUGGAUUCAGACAGAGAGAAUUGCUCAUUUAUUAUUUCUGUCUUUCCAGCAGACAACAUAGCUUGAUUGUUCACUGACUAAAUUACUGGUUUCCUGUUUUUCUGAGACAGCCGUUGCCUGUUUGAAAGGUAAAGGUUGUGCAUUUUUUAUUUACUUUGGUUUGUCCAGACAGCAUAAUGAUUUUGUGCAUUGUGAUUGGGACCCUUUCUAGUGCACUGGCACUGCUUGUGUAGAACCAGUCUCAUGUUCUUGCCCGCUUACUGACUCUGAAGCCAAAAGUAAACUUCUGAUUCAGUUUGGACUUCUGUUACCUAGAACUGACACUGUUGUAUAAAGUAGGUACCCUACUAGUUCUUGAGAUUCAGUUUGAUUGAGACUGAGCAAAAAGGGACAUUUCUAUUGCAGUUCUUUAAAAUCCCCAAACCUGAAUGUUGAGUUAAUUUAAUUUAAUAAUUUCUUCCACUUGCAUAGUGGAACUGAUCAAAUAAUAGAGGGAUUAAUUACAUUCUGUAUUGCAUCUGAGCCAACUUCUCCUAUAGCGUUGGCUGGCAUUGAGGAUCUUGUUUGAGCACAGCUCUCAUCAGCCUCAAGAUGCAUAGAUCUAGUGAUCAAUGCUGACCGUGGGGAACCUGGCAUGACAUUGGCUAUGUGUCAAGCCACAGAGAUGGAGUGGGAGGCAACAGAGGACAGAGGGGCCACUACUAGGCUGAAGAGAGGGAGAUGGCUAGCUACUACACCCCUCGCCCUAUUUAGCUUCUUUCAGUGUCACUUCUCUCUCUCACAUGCACACACACACACAUUGACAGAUACUAUUUCGCAAGUUAAUAAUAUUGAAACCAUUGGAAAGUAUGCUGAGGCUUUGGCUGAGAUUUGCUUCCCAUGUUUUGCGACAUAGAAAAAUAAUGUUUUUUCCCCUGUGGCUGGAAAGGGGUAACAUGACAGUGUCCCUUCUGACACACUCUAAUAGGGCUUGCAUAUCUCUGGAACAAAGUGAGCAACCCUUGACACAUAUUUCUUAGUACAGUUGAGUCAGUGACACUACAUGCUUUUCCCUAACAUGUUUUUAGUGAAACGAAAUGACAGUAUUAGUGCCAAAUUCUUCACCUUGCUUCUUACUUUCCAAAUACAAGCCAUCUCUUAAAAGUUAGCUUCUAACACAAUUGCAAAAGGCUUUUGCGCAGCACAGCAGUUUUGUUUCAUGUCAUUGGAUCUGUUUUACAGUUCAGUGAUGUAGCCAAUAGCCAUGUUCCUCUUCCAUGAAUAUAAAGUACAGAGCAAGAGCAGUUGGCAGGUUGUGUCAAAGGUUUCACAGUUUGCUUUGGCUCAGCUCUAAUCCGACAUGUUUGUGCCCAGGCAAGCCCUCAUUGGUCUGUUAUGCUCGUUCAGAAGAAGGAAAGUUAGUUCUCUCACAGCCCACUCCUCCACUCUACCAAGCUAGGGGGACUUCCUCUAAAGCAAGUCCAAAAUGACAGCUCUCCAGUGUAACCAACCUCUGUCUCAGAGUGCUGCCUCUUGCAGUCCUCCCAGUCUUUGGCCCCCAGGUCUGCCAAGUCAUUCCUAGGGCUGUUACGGUGACCGUAUUACCGCCACACCGGUAGUCACGAGUCAUGACCGCAGUCAAAUUCCAUGUGACAGUUGAGUCACGGUAACUAGGCUUCUCCAAAACUGCGUUCUGAUGCCACUGAUGGACAUUAGUAGCCUACCAAACUUGCUAACGGCCAGUCGCUAAUGGCCUGGUACUCAGCGCCCGAUUGUCCCUCUAAUCACUAUGACAUCAAUGCAAAUGGUUGGAAAAUCAAGUCAAACACUUCAUGAGAGCCCUGGCAUUGAGUUUGAGCGGAAUAGGAUCACCUGUUCCUAUAAGCCUAUAUUGCGCAACAUUUCUAUAGCUUAUGCAAUAGCGUGAGAAAAAGUUUUGAUGGCCUCUAUUAAAAAGAGGAUCCCAUCAGCUUUCUAUAGGCUAGGUCUACUAUAUUUAUUUCUCAUCUUUCCUAAUAUUAAGCAGAUUGCUUCACAACCGGAGUAGCCUACCUGGCUGGCAUGAAAAUGAACCGCGGGAAAAGCGUCCUCCAUUCGCUAUUCAAGUGCAUACGGAUGACGUCUUUUUUUUCCCUGCCUCGGUUCCGACAGGUGCAUGAUAAUGUCCCGUUCUAAAUAAAAAUUCACACAUAUAAUAUUUAGGAUAUGUAAAGACAAGAUUACAUUGAGAAUAGUCUGAUGGGUAAGAAUAUCCUCACAUGUGAAUGAUGCCCAGCGUGUGCCACCUAAGGCAAAAAAAACUGUGCAUGCAGUUUUUGGAAAAAAAUCAUGCAUCAUGUAGCCUAGCCCAUAGGCCUAAUAUACACUGCUCAAAAAAAUAAAGGGAACACUUAAACAACACAAUGUAACUCCAAGUCAAUCACACUUCUGUGAAAUCAAACUGUCCACUUAGGAAGCAACACUGAUUGACAAUACAUUUCACAUGCUGUUGUGCAAAUGGAAUAGACAACAGGUGGAAAUAAUAGGCAAUUAGCAAGACACCCCCAAUAAAGGACUGGUUUUGCAGGUGGUGACCACAGACCACUUCUCAGUUCCUAUGCUUCCUGGCUGAUGUUUUGGUCACUUUUGAAUGCUGGCGGUGCUUUCACUCUAGUGGUAGCAUGAGACGGAGUCUACAACCCACUCAAGUGGCUCAGGUAGUGCAGCUCAUCCAGGAUGGCACAUCAAUGCGAGCUGUGGCAAGAAGGUUUGCUGUGUCUGUCAGCGUAGUGUCCAGAGCAUGGAGGCGCUACCAGGAGACAGGCCAGUACAUCAGGAGACGUGGAGGAGGCCGUAGGAGGGCAACAACCCAGCAGCAGGACUGCUACCUCCGCCUUUGUGCAAGGAGGAGCAGGAGGAGCACUGCCAGAGCCCUGCAAAAUGACCUCCAGCAGGCCACAAAUGUGCAUGUGUCUGCUCAAACGGUCAGAAACAGACUCCAUGAGGGUGGUAUGAGGGCCCGACGUCCACAGGUGGGGGUUGUGCUUACAGCCCAACACCGUGCAGGACGUUUGGCAUUUGCCAGAGAACACCAAGAUUGGCAAAUUCGCCACUGGCGCCCUGUGCUCUUCACAGAUGAAAGCAGGUUCACACUGAGCACGUGACAGACGUUCUGCUGCCUGCAACAUCCUCCAGCAUGACCGGUUUGGCGGUGGGUCAGUCAUGGUGUGGGGUGGCAUUUCUUUGGGGGGGCCGCACAGCCCUCCAUGUGCUCGCCAGAGGUAGCCUGACUGCCAUUAGGUACCGAGAUGAGAUCCUCAGACCCCUUGUGAGACCAUAUGCUGGUGCGGUUGGCCCUGGGUUCCUCCUAAUGCAAGACAAUACUAGACCUCAUGUGGCUGGAGAGUGUCAGCAUUGAUGCUAUGGACAGGCCCGCCCGUUCCCCAGACCUGAAUCCAAUUGAGCACAUCUGGGACAUCAUGUCUCGCUCCAUCCACCAAUGCCACGUUGCACCACAGACUGUCCAGGAGUUGGCGGAUGCUUUAGUCCAGGUCUGGGAGGAGAUCCCUCAGGAGACCAUCCGCCACCUCAUCAGGAGCAUGCCCAGGCGUUGUAGGGAGGUCAUACAGGCACGUGGAGGCCACACACACUACUGAGCCUCAUUUUGACUUGUUUUAAGGACAUUACAUCAAAAUUGGAUCAGCCUGUAGUGUGGUUUUCCACUUUAAUUUUGAGGGUGACUACAAAUCCAGACCUCCAUUGAUAAUUUUUGUGUGAUUUUGUUGUCAGCACAUUCAACUAUGUAAAGAAAAAAGUAUUUAAUAAGAUUAUUUAAUUCAUUCAGAUCUAGGAUGUGUUAUUUUAGUGUUCCCUUUUUAUUUUUUUGAGCAGUGUAUUUUGAUAUGUUUUUUAUCACAACUAAAGUGGCUAAAUAACUCUAAUCGUAGCCUAUAGGCCUAGGAUCCCUGGAACAGGGUUGGAGAGCACAUAGCCCACAGAGCCUAGUGAAACGUGUUCUUAUAAGCCACUAUUUAAACGAGGAUUCCAGCUCUCGCGUGCUGCUAUAUUUAUUGCUCAAUUCUUACAAUUAAGCACAUUAAUCCGCUUUACAACCGGUGUAGCCUACCUGGCAUAUUAAAAACGUAACCGUGGGAAGUGCUUCCUCCAUUCACCAUUUGAGUGCAGGCUAUGGAUGACAUCAAUCAAAAAUAAUUCCACACAUAUUAGUAGGCUAUAUGUAAAGACCAGAUUCAAUUCAGAAUAGUCUGAUGGGUGAGAAUAUUAUCAAGUACUUGUCAAAUUGUGAAUGAGAGACUGAUUAAGUGCGAGCAGCCUGUGCAAGAAACAGAGCAGAGCGCAUGCCUUUCAUGCAACUUUUUUCAAAUCAUCAUUAGUCACAUCAUACAGCCUUAGGAUAUAUUAGAAAUGAUAACAUGUAGCCUAAGGUUUGUAUCACAACUAAAGUUGCAUAAAUAACUGUAAAUUAAGCAUAUAGGAUGACCUGUUUCAAAUUAUCACUUUGUUAACCGCAUUUUGCGAAAAAUAUCCUUUCUAUUUUAUUCAGCUAUCUUCAAUUGUAGUCUUCGUACUAUAAAAUAAUAUUAAAUAAUGCCACGGGAAUUAUAAGCGAAUCUUGUCUGCUAAAUUAAUUAGUGUAAAUCACAGCUUAUGGCAUAGCCAGAUCAGGGCCUAACGUAAGGAUGACUAUUAUGUUCAUCUGAAAUAGGUUACAUUUUCUUAAUAUCAUAGGCAAAUGUUUCUUUAGACCUGCCUAAAAUAAAUAAUUAUUUUAUUGAUGGUGUAGGCUAUAUUAAUUUGAUUUAUUCCACUUUUUAAAUUGUUGAUGUUCCAAAGGUCUGCAUCAGUGGCUUGUAGGCUAUGCGUGGAAGCCCGGAGAUGGUAAACUUGUUUAUGUUAAUUAACGUCAAUGAUCAUGAGACUGGCAGUUAUUUGCAUGACAGUUACCGGCUGACAAAAUGUCAUGACCGCCACAGCCCUAGUCAUUCCGCAAGCCAUUUCCUGUGGCAGCAGCAUGUUACAACCUAGAGGGUUCCACCUACUGUGUAUGGUCAAUGCAGAACCAAACAGCGUUUACCACCACACCACUACAUAAUAAACUAGCUUGUCUGAGGGAGAGGUGAACAUGGAGGCUUACUUUCAUGUGUGCUUCUCCUGCGCAGCAUCAGCUUCCUGACUCCCACACACAGAGGCACAUAUCUACAGUCUGACAGAUAGAGAGCAGCCAGCCUUCACAGAGAGAGGCCUAAUGAGGGCCGCCGCCUCCUAUUGCCACGGCCACAUUCACUCUGAGAAAGGUCUUUUUCUAUGUCUGUUAGCUGCCCAGAGCAGCAUCAGUGGUGCUAAGGUGGCUGUAUGAACGGUGUAUUGCUCUGCUCUGAUUGUCUCUGUUCUCUUCUCUUCCCGCAUGUUGUGGACAGGUGAAUGAGGACGUGGCGCUGGACCAAGCCGUGAAGUUCUGCCAGAUACAGAUGGCCACGUCAGCACAACGACAGGUAUGGGGGAUGACCUGGCCCACACUACAGUGCACAUACACAGAGUACAUUACAUUUCAUGCAUAUACCCUACACCUACAUGGACCCCAUACAAACACAACACUCACAAAU